AUGGUGGAGUCAGUCUCGGUUGUUAACUAUUACGCUAUGAAAGGCGUCCAAUAUGCGGGCGUAGAACGUCCUCCAAAAGACAUGCACGUUUUUCGAGCUCAUAGCUCCACAUAUUCUUGGAACACUGAAGAAAUCUAUCUAUCUAUCUAUCUAUCUAUCUAUCUAUCUAUCUAUCCCAUUCUGUUUCUAUCUAUCUAUCUAUCUAUCUAUCUAUCUAUCUAUCUAUCUAUCUAUCUAUUAUUUUUUUAUUCCUUUGAAUCUUUCCUCUUUCUUUCUUUCUUUCUUUCUUUCUUUCUUUCUUUCUUUCUUUCUUUCUUUCCUUUCUUUCCACGUUUAUUUGUUUCUUUCUUUCAUUCUUUUUUUCUUUCUUUUUCGUUCAUUGUCUUUAUAAACCGUUGCUGUGCAUUUCUUUCUUUCUUUCUUUCUUUCUUUCUUUCUUUCUUUUUCCUUCGUCUUCAACCAUUUACGGUGUAUUUCUUUCUUUCUUCUAAUUUUUCUUUCUUUCUUUCUUUCUUUCUUUCUUUCUUUCUUUCUUUCUUUCUUACUUUCUUUUUGUUUUUUUGGUUUCCUUUCUUUUCACUUCAGUUUUCUUCUUUCAACUUCUUAGCCCUCCCUUUCUUUCAAGCUCUUUACACUCCCUUCCUUUUCACCUUCUUUUCACUCCCUUCCUUUUCCCCCCUUCUUUUUCACUCCCUUUUCUUCACCCUCCUUACACUCCUCCCCUUUAAGCUUCUUUGCACUCCCUUCCUUUCCCCUUCUUUCUACUCCCUCCCUUUCACCCUCUUUACAUUCCCUUUUCACACUUUCCUUAUUUCUUUUCAAAUAGUUUUUCAUUCUCUCUCUUUAUGUAUCUCGGUACAUAUCUAUCUAUCUAUCUAUCUAUCUAUCUAUCUAUCUAUCUAUCUAUCUAUCUAUCUAUCUAUCUAUCUAUCUCAAUCCGUUAAUAUUCUAUCUAUCUAUCUAUCUAUCUAUCUAUCUAUCUAUCUAUCUAUCUAUCUAUCUCAAUCCGUUAAUAUUCUAUCUAUCUAUCUAUAUCAACAGAUUGCAGGUAUCUAUCUAUCUAUCUAUCUAUCUAUCUAUCUAUCUAUCUUCAAUAUAGACUUUUUUCUUCUUCACUCCCCCUCAUCUCCACUCACCUUACUCCUCCUUCACUUGCUCCUCCUCCUCUUGCUUCUUCUCCUCUUGCUCCUCCUCCUCUUCUUCCUCUCCCUCCGACUUUAUUUACUUUGCCCUAUCUUUUCCACCUUGCUCCUUUCUGCGCCUCUUCAUUUGAAAUCUUUAUCCUCCUCUUUUCCUUAUACCCCUCCUCCUCUCCUCCUUCUCCUCUUUCCCCUCCUCUUCCUCCCCUUCUUAUUCACAUUGCUCCAUCUUCUUCUAAUUUUCUACCCUCACCAGCUACUUUCCGUUCCUCUUCAUUCUUAA